AUGCCCUACAAGAGAGAGACUAUCGAUAUCGAUAAACUGAACAUCAUCCACGUCACCGGAACCAAGGGCAAAGGUAGUACAUGCGCAUUCAUUGAGUCUUUUCUCCGCGCUUACGGGGGAAGUACCGAAUGGCCGCUUAAGACAGGCCUAUAUACUUCACCCCAUCUCAUCUAUCCUGAAGAAAGGAUACGCAUCGAUUUUCAGCCCAUCGCCAGAGAUCUCUUCGCGAGAUACUUCUUCGAAGUGUGGGAUGCUCUGUCAAACGAUCCGGAAAGACUGCCUCGUUAUCUCCAGCUCUUCGCGCUGGUAUCAUUCCACGCAUUCAUUAAGGAAGGUGUACAUGUGGCUAUAUAUGAGACUCAUCACGGAGGGGAAUACGAUGCUACCAACGUGAUAGAGCAUCCUGUCGCAACCGUCAUCACUGCACUUGGCAUGGAUCACGUCCAGCAGUUAGGGCCCACUAUCGAGAACAUCGCCUGGCAUAAGUCGGGAAUCUUCAAGCACGGUGCUCAUGCACUCUCGUCUCCUCAGGAUGCCUCCGCUGCUGAGGUUCUUCGAUGUCGCGCGGCGGAGAAAGGCGUUCGCUUCCAAUUCGUGGAGAACGAUCCAGAUCUUCCAGCAGACGCACCGCAGCUGAAGCCAGAUGUGCAGCGCAUGAACUGUUCCGUUGCGAUUGCUGCCGUUCGUUACUUCCUUGAAGAUAGAGCUACAAAAGACACUUCAAAAGACAUUCCGCAACCAUCAUCUUGGGAUGUUUUGCAGGGCAUCAGCCAGUUCUCCUGGCCGGGGCGCUUCCAAACCAUUGUCGAAGGGGGCUUCAGCUGGUUCCUUGAUAGUGCGCACAAUGAGAUAAGCGUUAGCAAAGCCGCGGAAUGGUUCAUCGAGAGCUCGCAGGGAGAGAGGUACUUCAACCAUACAAGACUCUGCCGCCUUACCAUUAACAGUCACAGCGCAUCUUCCGUACGGGUCUUGAUCUUCGGCCAGGUAUCGAAGCAGAGAGAUGCUAGAGUUGUGCUCGAACAACUAGCCACUACCCUCAGCCCUGUUCGCAUCGACCAUGUCAUUUUCACUUCGUACGAUCCAAAGCAAGACUUCGACUCUACAAGAGGUGAAGCUCCCUAA